AUAUAAUAAUGCACAGACUAGGAGCAAUACUCUUCAUUCUUGUGUCCUUGAUAAGUUUUAUACAAAGCAAGCUCGAAUUCAUCACAGAAGUAUGUAGACAUGGUGCCAGAGCACCACACGGUGACACCUUCGGGACUGUUUUUGAGAAUGGGCCAGGCAUGCUCACUCCUUCAGGAUUUAGACAACAUUAUCUUAUUGGAGAUGAACUCAGAAAUAGAUAUAUAACAGGUAUGGAUAAGUCACAGAAUCUUCUUAGUCCUAGAUUUAAUCCUGAAGAAGUUUAUGUCAGGUCAACUCAAUCUUUAAGAACUGUACAGAGUGCAUAUGCACAGUUACUAGGCAUGUUCCCUCUAGGAACAGCUGAAGACUUAAGAUCAGAUCAGAUUGAUGUGUCCAUCCCUCCUCUUAACAUGCAUGAUUUGGAAGAGAUCAUAACAGAACUUGGAACUGAUGCUGUUCAAGACGGAAUGCAACCUGUCACUGUAAAGAACUAUGGUCAAUCUGUUGAUUCAUUUAUUGCCUAUGGUGGAUGUCCUUAUAUAGUAAAUGACUAUUCUAGAAGAGUUGAUGAUCCAGAAGUUUGGCAGCCUCACGAUGAUCAUUACAGGCCACUAAUUUUUAAUCAGAUUGCUGAAGCUUUUGAAAAAGAUCCUGAUGAUCUCUCAUUCAUGAAGAUUUAUAAAUACUCUGAUCUCCUCUUUGCUGAGAAUUUUGAAGGGAAACUCGAUAGAUAUAACUUCACAAAUGAAGAGUGGGAAAUUGUGAGAUCAAUGCAAGUAACUUUGUUAAUUGAAAAACUGUCUCCUCUUUCAAGUAAAAUCUUGUCUCUCAGAUACAUCUUCCCAAUUAUGGAAUUGAUCAAAUCUAGUAUGGGACAAGAUUACAACAAAGAACUUGUAAAGAAUUUCAGAAACCCCAAAUUUUUGUUAUUGUCAUCACAUGAUUAUCAGCUCUCACAUAUAUUGAAGCUGCUCAAUCCUGAGAAUAUUGAAGUAACUCACAUAGAGUAUGCAUCCGUGCUGAUAUUCGAACUACAUAGAAGAGACACCAGGGCAUGCAAAGACUCCUCCGAAGAUGCCUGCUUCUACGUAAAAAUUAUCUAUAAUGAUGUCCCUCUCAAGCUCCCUGGCUGCAGUUCUAUUGACUGCUCAUUCAAUGAGUUUAGAGGAUACAUUGAGAGCUUUGACAUGACCUACAACCAAAUGAUAGAAAUCUGUUUCUCCGAAGCCCCCUUAAAAAUCCCCAAUUAUGAAGAAAUCUCUCAAUUACUUUCCUAAAGUGCGACUUUUUCAAUA